AUGACUCCGUCCCAAACACAAGAACAGGUUAGGCAUAUUCGAAAACCUACUGUGACUAUCAAACCAGACAAUUUUCCAACAGCAACUCCAGACCAAUCCCCAAAACUAACUAAACCGACCAAUCGCCAAUCUGACAGUUUUCGAACAUCGACCCCAGAUCAUUCUCCUGAAACCAAACGCUUAAAUGACACAUUUGACCGUCCCAGAAAGAAACCUAAAAUUCAAAGUCCUAUAUCUAUUAAUUCAGACUCCACCAACAUGUAUGGGGUAUUGUCUUCCUUGUCAAGUAACAAUGACACUGAUGAAGAUGACAGACAUUUUGAUGACGAUGACACAUAUGUUCCAUCUAAAUCAAACAGAACAUUCUCCCUUCCACCGAAAAGUGGUAAAUCAGAAAACCAACGGAAACAGCAAGCUUACAGGCCUGCAUACGGUAAUUUAGGAGAAAUCCGAUCCUUAAUAAAAAGGGACAUCCCGGUCAUUGCACUUACAGCGACAGCAACAGAGGCCACAAGGGAAACUAUAAUACAGGAAAUGUGUAUGAAAAAUUGUGAACAAAUUAUAGUAAGUUCUAAUAAACCAAACAUCAAGUACUCAGUUGAAAGUAUGGGCAGCGAUAUUUUUCAGAACUUUCAAUGGCUGCUUGAUCUUCUGUUAAACAAAGGAAGCUCCUGUCCACGUAUAAUAGUUUUCUUUCGACAGAUCAGACAUCUUGCUGAAGUGUUUGAGUUCCUUCAAAUCCAUUUGCAGGAAAAACAAUAUGCCAUGAAAGACAAUCAGGUAAACAGCUUUAGAAACAGAAUAUUUGCAAUGUUCCAUUUGACAACCUGCGACAAAAUUAAAGCAGACGUGUGUUCACCCUUCAGAGAUGAGAAUGGACUGAUUCGAGUUGUUCUCUGUUCAACAUCUUUCAGCAUGGGACUUGAUGUAAAAGGAGUCAACACUGUGAUACAUUAUGGCCCAUCAAAUGACACCGACAACUACCUUCAAGAGUCGGGCCGAGCUGGCCGGGAUCCAGACAUAGAUUGCAAUGCAGUUCUGAUGAAACACAGAUACAGCAUGAACAGUGUUAAUAUAAGUUCAUCAAUGAAACAGUAUGUGACUACUGUUACCUGUCGAAGAAAACGGUUGAUGUCACCAUUUGUAACUGAAGAUACAGACCUGACUGUGGAGCCACUUCACAAAUGCUGUGACAAUUGCACACGCCUAUGUAGAUGUCAAUGUAGUUGUUCUGACAAAUGUUCAUGUGUUGGUCCUGUAUGCAAUGGUGAUGAGUCUAGUAUUCUAAAGGCUAUCCGUCUAUCAAUGACCAAACCUCAGUCUGAUGAAGAUUCCAAUGAUAGUGAUGAGGAGUUAGAGAAAGCCCCAAAUAGUUUCUGA